GGCCGCUCUCGUGUACUCGCUGUCCUACAAUUAGGAAACCUCUUUUUCCUGUUCUGUAACUGCAUCUCAGCCUAUGUCGGACCGUAGCAAGGUCCCGAAGCCACCGAUCGGUCUGGACCGCUCCCCCGACAUCUGUCCAGGGACAGGGCGUCCUGGUCGUCCUCCCCCUACCCCUUCGUCGCGUUUCGACCAGGUGAAAAGACGCACACUGAAUUGGGGCACCGCAUGCUACCACACUGGCUAGGCCCGUCCGUUCGUUUUUGAGUUGGCGUAUUUCUUUUCUUGGGCUAUGAGAGGGCGGAAGAAGAAUCGGGCGCCAACAAGGACCGCGUGCGGCGACGAAGAGGCGGGACGGUAUAAAAGCUACGGUGGAUAGCUGAAGCUGGACAAGUCGUCUACAACACCCGACCCAGUCAGAGCACUCAUCGUCUUCUCAUCCUGCACAAUGCGCAUCUCUGCUUUCGUUGUUCUCGCGUCCACCGUCGCUGGCGUCUUCGCUGCACCUUCGCCUCCUGUGCUCGGUAGAACCAUCCUGCAGAGCUUGGCGCACAAAAACUCCAACGUGACCGUCGCGAACAUGAGCUCGCACGCGUCGAUCGUCGUGGCACACCUUGCCCGUCUCAACAACCUCACGAGCCAGCUGCCUGUCAACGGCACCACUCCCCACGUUAUCAAGGCGGCCCAGCACGUCAUGGGUGUCAUUCGCAAGCUCGGGCCGAAAGAGGAAGAUGGUCUGCUCGGGGGACUACUUGGCGGUCUCUUGGGUGGCGGCGGCGGCGAUGGGCUGUUGGGCAUCUUGGGCGGUCACGACGGCCUGCUCUCGGGCCUUCUCGGCGGCGACUUGCUGGGCGGGCUCUUGGGUGGCGGGGACGACGACGACUCUGGCUGCGAUUCCGGCUGCGGUGAUGAUAGCGGGCUCCUCGGUGGCCUGCUCGGUGAUAACGGCCUCCUGGGUGGACUGAUCAAUGGUUUGCUCGACACUCUCCUUGGUCCAGAUGGUCUGUUGGGUGGUCUUCUGGGCGGUGACGGCGGGUUGUUGUCCGAUGUCGCGGGUUUGCUCGGCCAGUUCUCUGGCUUGAGUGGAACUUGCGGGGACAACCUUCUUGGAGACAUUCUCGGUGCCGUCCAGGAUCUCAUCGGCUCGCUGACCGGUGCGCUGUCGGACGGAGAGGGCUGCGACUGCGGUGAUGAUGAAGACCUUCGGGUCAACGUCUUGGCCGUAUUCAAGGCGAACCAGGCCAAACUGGAACCCAUCCGCAUCCAGAACCACUGUUCACUCCCACCCAAAAUGCUCGGGUCUCUCAAAGUCUUCUCUCUUUUUGCCCUGGCUUCGUACGCCUCCGCUCUCAAGCUGGUUUCCGUCACCGGUGAUGCUGUCGUCAACGGAAACGUCACCGUCACCUGGACCACUGGCCCCAGCGACCCGCCCUCGGUCUCUAUUGAGCUCGUGCAUCCGUCUGAUCUCAACAACGCCAUUGCCAUUGGUAAUGCCAUCCCCACGUCCCAGCUGAGCGUGAACGUCCCGUUGGGGACCGUGGCCGCUGCUGACGGCUACUACAUCAUUCUUGUGGACAUCUCCAGCAUUGACACGAUAUAUGCUGCUAGCAAGCCUUUCUCCAUCGCUGCUGCGGACUCGGUCGCCUCAAUCAGCGUCAAGGCGACUUCGCUUACGACGACCGUGUUCCCGUCGACUACCCCGGAUCCCGUCCUCUCCACCCCGACGGCGACCAGCACCCCGACUGGCUUCAGUACAUCUGUGACCACGUCUACAGACGCGGCCUCGACAGCCACUUCGGCUGCCGCCACUCCCUCUGCUAGUGGAAAUAGCGCUGCCCUCUCCCUCCGCAGUGGGGUAUCAGGUUCCUUACUCGGUGCUCUCGCCAUCAUGGUCGGAGCUAUCGUCAUCUAAAUUGUACCCUAAGCCCAUGUAUCCACCACCCGUCUCUUGUUUUCUCUCUCUCUAUCUCUCGUCUUUCCUAUGUUUGCAUGACUACUUCCACUUGUUGUCUGGCCCCGUGGAGGCACUCGAUUUCCACACCACCACACGCCUAGUAUCACACAGCUACGUAUCGUCCGCAAGUACAUCUUGUACUCGAAUGGAUGUAUGAUUUGUUUUACAUGCCCAAUAGCGCAGAGCUAGGUCUCACUGACAUGAAUACGAAUGAACUGAGUAAAGAUUCCGCGCUGAAUUUUUGGCAGUCGGCAUCCUGGCUGCAAUCAUUGUUGGUUUUCGCGUUCACUCAUUCAGUCCUUCCACGCAUGCACAGGAUUGGGAAGAUUAAAAGUGCGUACUAUUACACUGCAGUAUGGUACAUCCGUCGCAACGGUGUUGGUGGGGUAUCUCUAUGAAGUCCGAUCAUCUAAAGAGUGCUGGGGGGUGCGGAGAUUGUCCAUCGCAUCAGUCUCUGCCUCUAACACGCUUCCACCAUCUCCGGAACACGUUUUUACGGGCUUUCGUCGCCGCACUGCGGUCCACUGGUGCGGAUCCAGGGGCACCAACGUCCGGCGUUUCGUCUCCCGCGCGCACGACCGGGCAUGCGACCCCAGCCGCUCCAUGGAGGCUGGUGGGGGUAUCAGGCCGCAUCGUCCCGCUGGGGCUGUACGACGAGCUCGCGGUGACGACCGAGCUGCCGCCGAGGCUGGGCACGCUGCUCGCGACGCUCCUGACGCUCCGCGAGUCCGACGUCGCGCUGCUGCUCCGGCGGCGCGUGGCGUGGCGUGCGGCGGCGGCGGAAUCCGCCUUGCGCACGGGCAUGACAACGCCGGCGCCCAGGCUGAGGCGCGAGAACCGUGGCGUGGGCUCGGCGGUGAGCCAGUUGUCUGAGCCCGAUGGGGGGAGCGCAGGCGAGGGGCCCGGGCCGUAGCUUUUACGCCUGAACGCGGAGGGCGAGGUGCGAUCGAGCCUGGGGGAGGGCGGGUAGGGCGCGGCGUCGGUAUUCAGGAUGGAUGACAGCGGGCGCGGCUGGACGAGUGACAUUCUGCGGGUGCGGGGUACGGGUGCCUGUGGCCCCUCGAGGGAGUGCAGCGAUAGAAGAGACGGAGAGCGGGAGGCGGGUGCGGAAGCGGGGGAGAGGCGCACGGACGCCUUGUCCUUCCCCUUUGUGCUGCGGGCAUCGUCGUCGUCGCCGGGAGGCUCGCCGUUCUCACUUGAAAAAGCCGGUCCGGCGAGUGGCGACGACCGACGGGGACGGGCUGCCACCGUUGCGCUUUGGUGCCGGUGCAGGGGAUGUGGUCUAGCGCUCUGAGGGAUUCCAAGGUGGCUCGCUCGCCGUGUUGAGGACAAGGCGUCCAUGUGUGAAAGUAACAGUUGCGUGCACCCUGUUUUUAUGAAAUGCGGCACCCCAACGGCCUUCGGCACGG